GAAAAAAAAUAAUAGUACUGUAAUUAGUUUGGGAUGCGAAAAGAAAAGAAAAGGUGGGGUAAAAGGGAUCCAAUCCAGUGGUAGAUGAGAUGAGGUGAAAUGAGACUGGAUCAUAGCAUUGAUGAUAGUUGAGAGUGAGUGAGUUAAUAUGUUAUCAUUGUUAUGGUGAAAGUGAAACCAAACACCGAAGCUGUUGAGUGAUUUUCAUUGAUCCAGAUCGUGUCUGUUCUACGUACGAUGUACAGCGGCUCCAGCGACGGCGAAAGCCAUGACGCCCCUCAGAGUCAGAGGAAAAUUCCGCCGGCAUCCUCCAUGCUUUGGGUCCGCAAUCUUCGCCGUUUCAUCGGAUCCGGCGCCGGCCUCGGAUCCGAAGCCUUGAUGGAGCUUGAAACUAAGAGAAUUUUGCUCGACAUUUUUAAGGAAAAGCAGAAGAAAACCGCCGAAGCUGCUACAAUUCCCACUUUCUACAAGAAGAAACCUGAAGAUGGAUCAAUCAGUCAUAGAGUUCAGAGAUUGGCAAAGUAUCGCUUUCUAAGGAAACAAUCCGAUCUUUUGCUGAAUGCUGAUGAUUUGGAUGCAAUGUGGGUGUGCUUAAGAGAGAACUGCGUCAUUGAUGAUGCUACUGGUGCAGAAAAGAUGAAUUAUGAAGACUUUUGCCACAUUGCCUCUGUAUGUACAGAACAAAUAGGUCCUAAAUGCCGGCGGUUUUUCAGUCCUUCAAACUUUAUGAAGUUUGAGAAAGAUGAGCAGGGAAGAAUUGCCAUUCUACCCUUUUACCUUUAUGUGAUGCGAACGGUUUCACUUACGCAGGCAAGAAUUGAUAUGAGUGAGCUUGAUGAGGAUUCUGAUGGUUUCCUUCAGCCACAUGAAAUGGAGGCCUAUAUACGAGGUCUGAUACCCAACUUGGCACAGUUACGUGACAUGCCAGCUGCCUUUGUUCAAAUGUAUUGUCGUAUUGCUGCACACAAAUUCUUCUUCUUUUGCGAUCCUCAUAGACGAGGAAAAGCUUGCAUCAAGAAAGUUUUGCUUAGUAAUUGUCUCCAGGAACUCAUGGAGCUUCACCAGGAAAGUGAAGAAGAAGUCACGGACACAGAGCAAGCCGAAAACUGGUUCUCUUUGACUUCUGCUCAACGCAUAUGUGACAUGUUUCUUGCUCUUGAUAAAGAUACAAAUGGGACAUUAAGCAAGCAGGAGCUGCGAGAAUAUGCAGAUGCGACUCUGGCUGAUAUUUUUAUUGAGAGAGUAUAUGAUGAACAUGUUCGACGUGGAAAGAGUGGUGGUGGGAACGCCCGAGAGAUGGAUUUCGAGAGUUUCCUGGACUUUGUUUUGGCUUUAGAAAACAAAGACACCCCUGAAGGCUUGACAUACUUGUUUCGAUGCCUUGAUCUUCAAGGAAGGGGUUACCUCACUACUGCUGAUGUUCACUCCCUUUUCAGAGAUGUACACCAUAAAUGGAUUGAGGGUGGCAACUAUGAACUUUGUAUCGAAGAUGUAAGGGAUGAAAUCUGGGAUAUGGUUAAGCCAGAAGAUCCACUCAAAAUAACAUUGGCAGACCUACUGGCCUGCAAACAGGGUGGAACUGUAGCCAGCAUGCUCAUAGAUGUACGUGGUUUCUGGGCUCAUGACAAUAGAGAAACUCUUCUCCAGGAGGAGGAACCGGAGGAAGAAUAACUCUGAUCGGAGACUUGCUAACAUAAAACUGCUGAUACAACUUUUCAACUUAGGAUUCCUCACAAGAUGUAACACCGCUCAUAUGUUUGAAUUAUUAAAUGUGGAAUUAGUUGUGUUUGUCGGCAUUUUAACUGUAAAAUCAUCAUAAAUUAGUGUGUAUGUAGUAUAGCCAUGGGUUCGAAGUUCGAUCGUAAACUUUAGCCAAAUGCUUAUGAUUGAAUACAAAGUGAUGAUAUUGCUUUGUUAUCUAUGCUAAGUGAUGUAUAAUACCUCCUGAA